UUGGUGUGUCUAUAUGUCUGGCAGACAUUAUCAGCACAUUCUCUGUUGUCACCUGUGAUUCAUUUUUCUUCACUCUCAAGGUGAAUUUCAAUUCCUGAAGAUUUCCCACUGAAAAUAAAUAUGCAGUAAUGCAUUUUGUGGUUCAGACAUUUGGGGCAAAUGGUUCACAUUCAUUUCAGUGUUAGUGGUUAUGCUGUUUAUUUUUCUCUGCUGUACGAAGUUCCUCUCAGGGGUCUGCCUCAUGACACUAAACAAAAUAAAAGAGAUUUUACUGUAGGUUAUCUCCUAGGCUUGAGUUCAACAUUUGUUUGAAUUUUUGGAGAAAGUCAAAUCAAGCAAUGCUCCCAAAUGAUGACUUUGUAAAUUCAUACCCUCUGGCCAUAUUUUUUUUUUCAAAGACCCUAACUCUACCUUUCUGCUUUAAAGCAAAGUAAACUCGGUGGCCUCUUCUCCACCCCUCAAAAUGAUAGCAGUCUCUGCCGUCGGCAGUGCACUCCUGUUCUCUCUUCUCUGUGAAGCAAGUACCGUCGUCCUACUCAAUUCCACUGACUCAUCCCUGCCAACCAAUAAUUUCACUGAUAUUGAAGCAGCUCUGAAAGCACAACUGGAUUCGGCGGAUAUCCCCAAAGCCAGGCGGAAGCGCUACAUUUCGCAGAAUGACAUGAUCGCCAUUCUUGAUUAUCAUAAUCAAGUUCGGGGCAAAGUGUUCCCACCAGCAGCAAAUAUGGAAUAUAUGGUUUGGGAUGAAAAUCUCGCAAAAUCGGCAGAGGCAUGGGCGGCUACUUGCAUUUGGGACCAUGGACCUUCUUACUUAUUGAGAUUUUUGGGCCAAAAUCUAUCUGUACGCACUGGAAGAUAUCGCUCUAUUCUCCAGUUGGUCAAGCCAUGGUAUGAUGAAGUGAAAGAUUACGCUUUUCCAUAUCCCCAGGAUUGCAACCCCAGAUGUCCUAUGAGAUGUUUUGGUCCCAUGUGCACACAUUAUACGCAGAUGGUUUGGGCCACUUCCAAUCGGAUAGGAUGUGCAAUUCAUACUUGCCAAAAUAUGAAUGUUUGGGGUUCUGUCUGGCGACGUGCAGUUUACUUGGUAUGCAACUAUGCCCCAAAGGGCAAUUGGAUUGGGGAAGCACCAUAUAAAGUAGGGGUACCGUGUUCAUCUUGUCCUCCAAGUUAUGGGGGCUCUUGUACUGACAAUCUGUGUUUUCCAGGAGUUACAUCAAACUACCUGUACUGGUUUAAAUAAGCUUACUUUUUCCUCCAGGAAAUAUAAUAAUUUCUGGGAACAUGGGCAUACAUAUAUAUAUAUAUAUAUAUAUAUAUAUAUAUAUUGAAUUUUGCACAUAUUUUGCAUAUUUUAUGAUAAUCUUGUUUUCCUUUUAGUAUUCCUUUGUAUAAAUUAGUGUUUGUCUAGCAUGUUUGUUUAAUCAUUUGAGA